UGUUAGCCGUUAGCUCAACUGGUUCCCAGGCUGUCAGUUGCUAACAGCGACGACAAAUUCUAAUUCUAUCCUUAUCUGUGGCUCCAUAAAACCGCCAGGAUGUUUGAGGAGGCCAGUGAAGUGUUCGACAACAUGUUUAAAUCCUCUUUCCCCCUCACCUUUAUCGUGUUUAUCCCCGCGGUGCUGAUCCUGGUGUCUCCGCUGCCGGCCGAUGCGGCUCAUGAGUUCACGGUUUACCGCAUGCAGCAGUACGACCUGCAGGGUCAACCCUACGGUACCAGGAAUGCCAUCCUGAAUACGGAGGCUCGUACUGUGGAAGCAGAAGUAUUAAGUCGCCGCUGUGUAAUCAUGCGGCUUGUAGAAUUUUCCUACGAAGAGUAUCAGAAAGCGCUUCGACAGUCAGCAGGAGCUGUGGUCAUCAUCCUGCCCAAGAACAUGUCUGCUAUGCCGCAGGACAUAGUUCAGCAGUUCAUGGAGCUGGAGCCGGAGAUGUUGGCCACAGAGACCGUCGUCCCCGUGUACUUUGCCAUGGAGGACGACGAGCUGCUGUCCAUCUACACCCAGACCCUGACCUCCUCCUCCUCUCAGGGCUCCCUAUCGGCCGCCGAAGUGCUGCUGCACACGGCCACAGCUAACGGCUUCCAGAUGGUGACCAGCGGAGCUCAGAGUAAAGCCAUCAGCGACUGGGCCAUCACCAGCUUAGAGGGUCGUCUGGCUGGAGUCGGAGGAGAAGAUCUUCCCACUAUCGUCGUGGUCGCUCACUACGACUCGUUCGGUGUCGCUCCGUGGCUUUCGUACGGAGCCGACUCAAACGGCAGCGGGGUGUCGAUGUUACUCGAACUCGCUCGGCUCUUCUCAAAACUUUACACCUACAAGAGGACACACGCUGGGUACAAUCUGCUGUUCUUUGUAUCCGGUGGAGGGAAGUUUAACUACCAGGGCACCAAACGCUGGCUGGAAGAUAAUCUGGAUCACACAGACUCCAGCUUGCUGCAGGACAAUGUGGCCUUCGUGCUGUGUUUAGACACUCUGGGGAACGGAGACACUAUGCACCUCCACGUGUCCAAACCUCCCAAAGAGGGGUCUCCUCAGUUCACCCUGCUCAAGGAGCUGGAGCUGGUGUCAGAGAGCCAGUUCCCGGACGUGAAGUUCUCGAUGGUCCAUAAGAAGAUCAACCUGGCGGACGACAUGCUGGCCUGGGAGCACGAGCGCUUCGGGAUCCGCCGCCUGCCGGCCUUCACGCUGUCGCACCUGGCCUCCCACCGCCUGGCGCAGAGAGCCAGCAUCAUGGACGCCCGGUCAGUGUCCCCCUCCUCUCGCCACGGAGCGGGAGAGCCCCCUGCUGGACCUCACGUAGAUGUUCAGAAGCUCAGCAGAAACACAAAGCUGGUAGCAGAGGCGCUCGCCAGAGUCAUAUACAACCUCACUGAAAAGGGCGCUCCUGGAGACCUGCAGAUCUUCACUGAACAGAUGGUGCAGGACGAGCAGCUCUCGGCGGUCGUUGAUUGGCUGACGGCUCAGCCCAGAGCCGCCCAGCUGGUGGACAAAGACAGCAGCGUGGUGUCGACUCUGGAGUAUCACAUGGGACACUACCUGAAGGACGUGAAGAGGCACUACGUCAGAGCAGACAAGAGGGAUCCAGAGUUUGUUUUCUACGAUCAGCUGAAGCAGACGAUGAACGCAUACAGAGUGAAGCCGGCCAUCUUCGACCUGCUGCUGGCCGUCUGCAUCUCAGGCUAUUUAGGAGUGAUGUACCUCGCCAUCCAGAACUUCGGGCUCCUGUACAGCGUCGCCCGCAGAGUCACGCAGCCCAAAGUGAAAUCCCACUAAAGUACAAGUUCCACAUCUCUCUCUCCAUCUUCUUCAAAUCCAAGAACUUGUGUGAAAGCUGGGCCGAGCCGAGACGAACCGACGGUUUUCAAAACCCAGCAGAAUAUUUUUCGUUUCCUUCAUCCAUAAACUAUGAUGUCAGAUUGAACCGCUGCCAAUUCCUCCAUUUCGUCUCUCCGGACCGGAACAAUCAGGAAUCAUUUCUCUCACACACACGCACUCAGAAAUAUUUCCAGUGAGAGAUGUAGACAGGAUUCAGUUUGAAGUCGCUCUGCAGAAACUGAACGCUGAGUUUAACCCAGAAAAUAAUUAAGGACAGAUUCACAUUGUUUAAAUCUGCUUAAAUACGAUACUCACACUCCCAUAAAGACAUUUAAACAGUUA